GGGGGGGGAAUGACGUGUAAUUCAAUGGCGGCGCCCUGCAUGUUACCAAGUGCGAUUUCAAGCAUGCAAAACAUGAACGAAGGAGUGAAUCUAUUCUAAUAUAAAAUGUGGCGACCGAUAAAGGAAAAAACACAAAAUAGCGUGAGCUUCAGGGUAGAAAACGUAGUUACUAAUCGUAUCAGAAAAUAAUUAGAAAAAGAAUUGUUAGAAUAGUAUUUAGCAAAAAGGUUAGAUUAUUCCUAAAUCAGAAAAGGUAAUCUCCUCCAGCUACGUUUACCUAUUUUAAGUUUACAGUUGGCUUGCUGAUGCUACUUCGCAGAUCAAAGUUGCUGCUGUCCCCGUCUUCACGGGCAGCAGGUCACCUCGCCUGCAGGUACUACGACGUUAUCGUUGUGGGAGGCGGACAUGCUGGCACCGAGGCUGCCGCCGCUGCGGCCAGAGUGGGCGCAGAGACACUGCUCAUUACCCAAAAGAUAAAAACCAUAGGGGUGCUGUCCUGUAACCCCUCGCUGGGCGGUGUGGGGAAAGGCCACCUGGUCCGUGAGGUGGAUGCCCUUGAUGGAUUGUGCGGUCGUGCAGGAGACUGGGCUGGGAUCCAUUUCUCCAUCCUGAACCGAAGCAAGGGUCCGGCUGUGUGGGGGCCCCGGGCUCAGCUGGACCGAGAUCGAUACAGAGAGUUCAUCCAGUCAGAGCUGCUCUCCACACCCAGAUUGACUGUACUAGAAGGAGCAGUGGAGGGAUUACUGGUGUCAAAGCCCAACCCAGACCAGCCAGGCCAAAUCAGAGUCACUGGAGUCCGUAUGGCAGGUGGAGCCCAGCCCAUCAGCGCAAAGUCUGUUAUUCUCACCACUGGUACCUUCCUGUCUGGUGCCCUCUUCAUGGGUCAGACGGUUUCCCAGGGGGGGAGGAUGGGAGACCCCCCAUCUUGUAGUGGUCUCUCCUACACUCUGCGGGAAACACUGGGCUUGAAAAUAGGUCGGCUGAGGACCGGCACCCCCCCACGUAUAGUGAAGGACACGGUGCAGCUGUCCCUCACGAAAGUGUGUCCUGGGGACAAGCAGCCAACCCCCUUCAGCUUCCUUAACAAAGAGACGCGUUGUAAGCCAGAAGAACAGCUGCCAUGUUACCUGACUCAAACCACCCCUGGUGUGGAAAGAGUGGUGAAGGAGGGCCUGCACCUUAACGCCCACAUCCAGCAGGACACCAAAGGCCCCAGAUACUGUCCGUCGAUCGAGUCGCGUGUGCUGCGCUUUCCGGGCCGGGAGCAGCAGGUGUGGCUAGAGCCAGAGGGGGUGGCCUCGGACCUGCUGUACCCCCAGGGCCUGUCCAUGACCCUGCCCCCUGAGCUUCAGCUCCGACUCAUCAGGGAGAUCCCAGCCUUGAAGCAUGCAGAGAUCCGUACCCCGGGUUAUGGGGUGCAGUAUGACUUUGUGUGCCCCACUCAGCUGUCACCCUCCCUCCAGGUAAAAAAGGCUCAGGGGCUGUUUCUUGCUGGACAGAUCAAUGGGACCACAGGCUAUGAGGAGGCGGCUGCACAGGGGCUGUGGGCAGGAGUCAGUGCAGCUCGAGCAGCACUCUCGCUGCCCCUGCUCGCCCUCUCCCGCACCCAGAGUUACAUAGGAGUCCUGAUCGAUGACCUGAUUGUGCAGGGAGUCACAGAACCGUACCGCAUGUUCACAAGCCGAGCAGAGUUCAGGAUCGCUCUGCGCUCCGAUAACGCUGACCUCCGCCUUUCUGCCAGAGGUUAUGAAGAGAUGGGCUGUGUGUCCAUGCAGCGCUACAAGGAGGCAGUGAGGAUGACGGACGGACUACGGGAUGCAAUGGCUGCCUUGGAGUCCAUCUCCAUGUCUUGUACCAAGUGGAUGGAGAUGCUAGGACAGAUACAUUUAAGCAAAACCAAGAGUGUCAAACUUAAUGGUCUGGAGCUGUUGGAGUACAAAGACGUCACCUUUGAGAUGCUGGUGUCUGCUUUCCCAGGAUGCCUGUCAGCAUACCUGGAGUUCUCUGAGAGACUCAAAAUCGAAGGGCUGUACCGUCCCCACUACAUGAUGCAGGAGCAGGAGAUGGAAAGAGUACGGAAGGAUGAGAAUCUCUCUCUGCCCCAAGAUGUCGACUAUCUCACCCUCCCAAUCUCACUGUCCAUGGAGGCUAGAGAGGUCCUGGACCGGGCCAAGCCACACACUCUCAGCGCUGCUACCCGAUUGCCAGGGAUAACCCCUAGUGCAAUUGUCCACCUCCUGAACUAUGUCCGCAAGACUGGCAAGGAGAGAGAGCACGAGACGGUACACAUGUAGCAUUCCUCUACAUGAACAGCAACAAAAGA